AUGGCAUCUGGAUUCCCAGGAAGAACACCAACACCUCGACUUUUGCUCAGGGAAAGACUGAAGGCUGAUACUCUGACUCCCUCUGCCUUCCAGAAGGAGAUGUCUCUCAGCACCAAGCAGAGGCUGGCCAGAGCUAAGAAGCUGAGUCUGCCUCAGGUUGUCCAGCCUCAAGACAAGCCUGGGACCUCCCAUCACAAGUUCUCAGCAGCUGUCCCAGAGCAGCGCUCGUUUCAGCCUUGCCCACCAGAGGUGGUGUUUCAGAACUACAGCCCCGGUGAGGUCUGUGAAGUGCCGCUGGUUCUGAGGAACAGGGACAAGGUUCCUCACUUGGUGAAGGUCACCUUGAAGAGCUCACCUUAUUUCCAGCUGGUGGGCCCCAAUGACGUGUGCCGCAAGGUGCCACCGGGCCUCUACACCACUGUCCGCAUCCUCUUCACCCCUGGGCAGAGAAAGGAUUAUUUCCACCAGCUCCUCUGCACCACUGAAAGAGAAGAGUUCAUUGUGCCAAUUUGGGCCAUCGGUGGCCGAGCCAUCCUGGACUUCCCUGACCAGCUGGACUUCUCCACCUGUCCGGUCAAGCACAGCACCCAGAAGACUCUGCUGGUUCACAAUGUUGGAAACCGGCCUGCUCGUUACGAGCUCAGCACCCAGAGCCCUUUCUCUGUCACUCCGGCCAUGGGAACUCUGGAUGUUGGUGAUGCCGUGGAGGUGGCAGUGGAAUUUCAGCCACUGAAGACUGGUGACCAUUCCAGGUCCCUUGUUGUGCACUAUGACACAGGUGAAGACACCCACACAAGCCUUCAUGCCAGAGCUGUGGAUGCCCACAUCGGGCUGGACAGGAAUACUGUGACCCUGGAGAAGACGUACAUCACCAUGUCAAACAGCGCAACUGUGGUCAUCCACAACCGCAGCGACAUCACAGCCCGCUUCCAGUGGAAGGCUGUGGAUACUGAGGAACAGGAGGAGCAGCUGAGGCUGAGGCAGUAUCACAGGAUAUACCAGCAGCAAAGGCACAAGUUGUAUAGUUUUCUGAAGGAGCGUGAAGUGGACAUCACUUGCCGAGAACGCCUUGCUCUUCUCAACCACACCUUCCAGAGUGAGGUAGCAAAGAUCAGAGGAGAUCCCAUGCUGUUAGAUGAUGACAUUUUCUCCCUUGAGCCAAAGGAGGGUGAGAUCAUGCCGAAGUGCUCAGCUGAGAUCAGCGUGUUCUUCACGCCCCAGGCAGCCCAGGUCUAUGAGCGAACAGUUUACUGUGACAUCUCAGGCCGUGAGAACAGGCUGCCCCUGCUCCUCAUGGGGGAAGGCCUCGGGCCCCGGGUCCAUUUCCACUUUGAGGAACUGAACAUUGGGGAGGUUUUUGUCAGAGUAACCCACAGAUAUGAGGCAUACCUGAUCAACAAGGGGCCUAUUGAGGCUCCCUUCAAACUCAUCCCUCCAACCACAGCCAUGGGCUCCUGCUUCACCUUCCUGCCCCAGGAGGGCAUCGUGGCACCAGAGAAGCUCCAGGCCAUCCGGGUCUCCUUCUGUCCCACCAUCCGGGGGGAGUUUGAGGAACAAUUCUGCUUCCAUGUGGCUGAAUCCCCUAAGCCUGUGAUCUUCACUGUCAGGGGCUCUGUGAUGGGACCCACUUUCCAUUUUGAUGUGCCCGCCCUGCACUUCGGUGACAUCGCCUUUGGUUUUCCUCACACCUUGAAGUGUUGCCUGUUUAACACCUCCCUGACACCCAUGGGCUUCUCCCUCUACAUUCCUGGGGAUGGCUUGGGAGUGCCCAGUGUUAGCACCACUACUCAGAUAGGCAAACCCAGCAGCCAGUUGUGGAGGAAGGAAGUUCGAGUUCUGAGGAGGUCACAGGAAUUUACCAUAAAUCCCGACAGCGGGACCGUCCGUGCCCUGGGAUCCCAGGAUAUCAAGGUCACCCUGUGUCCCAACACUGUUGGGGACUACAAUCUGGAGCUGGUGCUGGACGUGGAAGAUGUUGGCAGGAAGGUGUUUGCACUGCCCCUCACAGCCAGGUGCAUCGUUCCUACACUGCGAGUGCUCAACCCUGUCGUGGAACUGGGGCACUGCUGCUUGAAGGUGCUCUAUGAUGAGAAGGUGACCCUGGUGAAUGACAGUGACUUCCCUGGCUGCUACUGUCUUCUCCCUCAGGAACACAAGGAGGAGGCUGCUGCGUGGUACUUCAGCCUUGCACCCUCUGGGAUUAUCGAGGCUCACAGCUCGGUGCAGAUCCCAAUUACACUCCAGGCCCAGUUGCUGGGACAGUGCAGCAUCACUGCCAAGAUAGCCGUGUUUGGGAGACCAGGAUCCCCACUGGAAAUCCGUUUAGAGUGCGUUGGCCAGGGCCCCGUUGUCUAUGUCCAUCCCAGGGAGAUAAACUUCGGCUCUGUCCCAGUCCUAGAGGAUUGUUCCAAAACUCUCCACCUCGCCAAUCAGUGUGAGAUUCCUGCAACCUUCCAGGUGGAGAUGGCUGUGGAACGUUCCUGCUGGAGGAUUGAGCCCAGCAAAGGAGUGGUCCCCCCACGUUCUGAGGUGUCCGUGGCUAUCGUAGCUAACCUGAAUGACACAGUGAAAUUCCAGGAGAAGGUGAAGGUGUUAAUUGAGAACAACCCUGUGACCAUCAUCUCUCUCCAGGCUGUGGGCAUUGGCACCACAGUUGUCACGGACAAACCUCUCGUUCCAAAGCUCGACUUGAAGUCCUGCUUCAGCUUUAGUCACUGCUUUUACCACUUCCAGCUGACGAACAGAGGCCGCCGCACGCAGCGGCUCUACUGGAGCACGGAAGGGUUCCGCACCUUCCGCCGCAGCGCUCGGGCCCCGGCCCCCGCGGGCACCCAGGGCAAAGGGGCUCCCCCCAUGCCCAGGCCUGGCAGCCCCGUGUUCAAGCUGUGCCCAGUGCAGGUGGACCUGAGGCCGGGCCAGACUGUGGACAUGGUGCUGGAAGGCUGCUCCAGCACUGUCCAGGAGGUGAAGGAGCGGCUGCUGUGCCACGCUGUGGUGGGGAAAGAGACAGCAAAGAAACAGAUCCUGCAAACAGAUGUCAUCUGCAACUUCAUCUGCCCUGCAGUGCAAAUGUCCCCCAGAGCCAUCGCUUUCCGUGUGGAAAAGAAACCCAGUGAUGUCCUGAAACUGCAGUACCAGCCGCUGACAUUAAAAAACACCAGCUCCCUGCCAUUCAGCGUGGUGCUGGACUUGGAGCAGCCCUUCCUGGUCUGCAAUGUGAACCGGAAGCCCCUCCCUGCAAAUUGCAACCCUGUGAGAGUGGGUGUAGGGAAGGAACUUCAUCUCUGCAUCUGCUUUAACCCAGCUUAUAAGAACAAUCUGAUCAGCUGGGUGAUAAAGAAGGUUCUCAGGGUGAGCUUCAUGGAGCAUCCUCAUGUGGAGAAGAUCCCUGUUCGGGGGGAAGUCUACUUCCCAAAUCUCCACCUCCCCACCAAGGCCGUGGACUUUGGCUGCAUCAUAAAUGACACUGAACAAGAGUUGAAUAUGGAGAUGACCAACUGCAGCCCACUCCCUGUCAACUACCACUGGUCAUUCCUGACAGACAGCCAGGUGAACACCAUCAGGUUCAUCCCUUCACCACCUAAAUUCAAGCCACGGUUUUCAAAGAAGAGGAGAGUGUUUGUACGGAGAUACUCCAUGACUGAAAGUGUGGAGGAGCUGACCAAAACCCCAGAAACAACGCAGGAUUCUGCCCAGGAGGAUUCUGCUCAGGAAGAUUCUGCCCUGGAGGAUUCUGUCCUGGAGGAUUCUGCCCUGGAGAAUUCUGAUGAGCAGGAUUCUGCUCAGGAAGGUCCUGCCCAGGAGGAUGCUGCCCUGGAGGAUCCUGUCCAGGAGGGUCCUGCUCAAGAGGACUCUGAUCAGGAGGAUUCUGCUCAGGAGGACUCUGGCCAGGAGCCAGAAGAUGCAGAGCAUUCCCUGGAAAGAGAGGGGCUGUCACCCACUCCUGGGGCGUCUCAGAGGCCAGUGAGGAUGAGGGGACUGAGCUGGUUCUCAGAGAUGGAGCACCCCAAGCUGGGAAUGCAGGAGGUUUUUGAUGUGCGGCCGCUGUGGGGUGAGCUGCAGCCAGGAGAGAGCGAGCAGGUCACCUUCACCUUCUUUGGGCACGCCAACGUGGUGGCGUGUGUCCGGGCGCUGUGCCACGUGCAGGGAGGCCCCAGCUACGAGGUGGUGCUGACCGGGGAGGCCUCGUGCCCCAGCUACCAGCUGGACCUGCAGGAGAUUGACUGGGGGCUGCAGAGGUUUAACAAAGCCCUCAAAGCACAGGUGACCCUGCGGAACACCGGCGUCAUGGAAUUCACCUUCGUGGUGCCAAACUGCAGCACUGGCACUGCAGCAAAGCCUCUGCCUGGAGUGCCCGUGGUCGUGCCCACCACAGGUUCCCUUGCACCUGGCCAGAAGCAAGUGUUGAAGGUCUAUUAUCUGCCAGGAAAGCUGGGGGCCUUCCACAAGACUUUCCAGGUCAAAGUGGCUCAUCUGGAACCGGCAGAAAUCACCCUGAAGGGAAAGGGGACCUUCCCUGGGGUUACCAAGUACCGGCCCAGGAAGCUGAAAGAAGAGGAGGAGAUACUGCAAGAGGAAGAAAAAAACCCAGAGGAAGAAGAAAAGGAAAAGGAUGAAUCAUCUGUGACCAUCUGUGGUGAUGGAGUCACUGAUGGAGUCACUGAUGGGUCACUGAUUGUCACACCUGAACAACAGGCUAGUGUCCAACAUCUCCCCAGGCCCCUUCAGCUGAGGGCUCCCCCAGCAGCACACUGGAUCUGGUGGAACAGUAAAGCUCUUCAGGACAGAGAACUGGAUCCUUUCCACCUCUGGGAAGCACCUGGAGCUUUUAUAGCCACCCUUAACCACUACUUGAAGUCCCACCUGUCCCUUGCCACUGGAAUUGGAGAGCUAAUGCUCUAA